AUGCCAACCAUAUCGAGAGCCACAGACAGGAAAGAUGAGUAUGACAGUGCCCGCUUCCACAAUGUCUUCAACAUGGAAAGGCCGUCGCAUUUCCCGCGUACCAUCGUCCAGGUGACAUGCACGCAAGAUGUCAUCGACGCAGUGAAGGAGGCAAUUGCAAAGCCCGAGCGGUACCAAGUUGCGGUCCGAUCUGGCGGCCACUCUUUCUUCGUCUGGAGCUUGCACAACAACUCAAUCCUGGUCGAUCUGGGCGACUGGAAGGAAAUAGCCGUGGAUGCGACCACAAGCAUCGCGCAGGUAACUCCCGGUGUGACGGGUGCUGAGCUGAAUCACUACCUGCAAUCACAUCAUGGCAUGUUCUUCCCAGUGGGCCAUUGUCCGGAUGUCGCACUGGGCGGGUUUUUGCUGCAUGGGGGACAGGGAUGGAAUUGUCGAAACUGGGGUUAUUCCUGUGAGAGAGUUGUGGGUGUUGAAAUUGUGACUGCGCAGGGCGAACUGCUGCUGUGCAACGAAGACCAAAACGAGGAAUUACUCUUCGCAGCUAGAGGAUCAGGGCCUUUGUUCCCAGGAAUCGUGACCAAGUUCUAUUUGAAAUUGAUGCCAGACCCAACCGGUGGUCUCCGAACUUCCGGCUACAUCUAUCCCGCAAGAAUGUACGAUGAAGCCUUCGAAUGGGUGCAAUCUAUUGUCACCAGCGCGGACCAGGACACCGAGAUUGUCAUGGUGGCUUUUUCUUCAGGACUGCCAAGCGAGACCUGUUUGAAAAUUCACUUUGUCACAAUGAAAUCGAAUUCCUCGGAAGCGGAGCACACACUAAACCAACUCCAUCAAACUCGACCCCCCGGAACAAUCACCGAGUGGGUGUGCCAAGAGGACAGUCUGCAAAGUCUAUAUGACGGCCAGCUUCAAGCAAACCCUAAUGAGCACUACUACUACACAGAUAAUUAUUUUAUCUCGAACUCAGCCAAUGUUACGCAAGCCUUGAAAGAAUGCUGCUUGACAAUUCCCCAAGGUAGGUCAUUCGCCUUCUGGUACCCUCUAUACCCGCGCAGUAGGCGCAAUGUUCUAGGCAUGUCGCUAAAUGUUCCAUCGGAUCAUUAUUUCGCUGUUUAUGCUAUCGGUAAUGGCCGGGAAGAAGCCACCCGAUGCAGGGCCUGGGCGGAGCAAACAAUGGCAAAGGUCAAAGAUCAUGCGGUGGGUUCAUACCUAGGGGAGUGCGAUUUGAAAAUGGCCCACGAUUGGUAUUGGGGCCGAAAUGCACAGCGUGUUGCCGCUGUUUGCCAAAGGUGGGAUCCGAAUUCUUUGUUUUGUACAGUUCAUCAGGCAGGGGUGGGUAUGAUUAGGUAG